AUGUCCUCCAGCAAAAUCCUGGUUCGGCACGGUUUGCACAACCUGCCCGCGAGACACUUCGAGCUCCUCGCCCCCCCUUACUUCAGAUCCAAUGCCCCACGGCGACAGCAACAGCUGCCGCGGCAGGUGCAGCACUUCCUUAGCUUGCCGCAAGCGGAGGUGGCUGUGCGCGCAUUCCAGUUCCACGUCCUCGCGCGGUUAGGCUUUAUGGUGCGGAUGCAGCAAGCAAUACGUCAGCAGCUCGAACGGACAAGCCAGUGGCGUCCGUUCCGGCGGCUUCGUAGCUCCCAUGUUGGGGCGGAGGAUUCUGGGCGCAGCCACCAUACCGCCGUAACCAGGACUGGCCGCCAAGCGCAGCGCUGGAUGGAGCAGGGCAUGUUGCAUGAGCGCGAGCUGAAGCUCGAGGACGCCGUGAAGUGCUUUGAAAAGGCAGCGCAGGUCGACCCCACGAACGCCGAGCACCUGGCCCGUCUCUCUAAGGCCCUAUCGGACAUGUCUUAUAUCCCCGGCACGCCAGCCGAGCGCGCCAUGGAGCUCAACCGGCGAGCCAUUGAGGUAGCCCUUCAGGCCGUUGCCGCAAACCCCUUGUCGUCGUACGGGCACGUGGCCUGCUGCGUGAGCCGGGGGCGCCUGGCGCUGUUCCAGGACAAUCGCACAAAGGUGCAGCUUGCACGUGAAGCCCAAGAUGACGUCCGAAAGGCGUUGGAACUGGAGCCAAACAACGACGUGGCGCAUCACCUGCUGGGGCGAUGGAACUAUGAGAUGGCGAGCGUGAAUGCGGUGGUACGGACCCUCAUCCAAAUGCUGUACGGCACAUCGCUCAUGGCCGGAAGCUAUCGCGAAGCGGCUCUUUGCUUCGAGGCGGCCGUCCGCAUCCGGCCCGACUUUCUGAUUCACCGCGUGGAGCUGGGUCGUACGUACUUGAAGCUGGGUCAGCUGGAGUCCGCAGUGCGAGAGCUGGAGACGGCGAUGGCGCUUGACGUGCCCGACAUCAAUGCGGUGCUGCAAAAGGAAGACGCGGUGCUGCUGCUGUCGAAGCUCAAGCCCAGCGGCAGCAGCAGCAACAGCAAUCGCACCCCGGGGAGGUGA